CGGCGGGGCUCUUUGCCAGCCCGGAGAAGGCGGAGCCGGAGGCGGCCGGGCCAGGGCGCAGCGCCCAGCCCCGCCGGACAAAAGGAGCUGCCCGGCUGGCGAGCGGAGAGCCUGCGCCCGGCAAGGAGAGGGGCCCGCCGAGAAGCCACCGGGGCGCGCGCUUUGCACAUGGCCAAGGGGCGCGCGCCUCUCCUUCCCCGCCUCCCCAGGAGGGCGAGCGAGAGCCAAGUUUAAAGUGAGACGCCUGUGACCAGCAAGAAAAUCCAGAUUUUUUUUUUCCUGUUUCAAAGAAGGAAGUUCCUUCCCAUUUUGGGUUUAGAACUGCAGCCUCCCAGCCUUGAUGACAGAUAUUUACGUGCCCAAGCGAACAUGAAGCUGAACGAGCGGAGCGUGGCCUUCUACGCCACCUGCGACGCCCCGGCGGACAACGCCGGCUUCCUCUACAAGAAGGGCGAGAGGAACACGGCCUACCACCGCCGCUGGUUUGUGCUGAGGGGAAACAUGCUCUUCUACUUUGAGGACCGGGAGAGCCGGGAGCCGGUGGGCGUCGUCAUCCUGGAGGGCUGCACCGUGGAGCUGUGCGAGUCCACGGAAGAGUUCGCCUUCGCCAUCCGCUUUGACUGCGCCAAGUCCCGCACCUACGUCUUGGCGGCGGAGAGCCAGGCCGCCAUGGAGAGCUGGGUCAAGGCCCUCUCUCGCGCCAGCUUUGGCUACCUGCGGCUGCUGGUGAGGGAGCUGGAGAAACAGCUGGAGGAAAUGCAGAAGGCCUCUUCCGGCUGCCACCGGGUCCAGCGGAGGGCGCCGCUUUACCGGAAGAACAAAAUGGCGCUGAAUUCACAGGACUUGCUCCCGGAGAAGCCGUCCGUCCCGAUUUGCAUCCCGGCAAAAGAAAAUGGCUGCGCCCUCUGGUACAACUCCGAAGGCCCAACCAGCCUGCCGGGGGGGUACCCCCAAGCCAACUCCUGGAGCACCAGGACCUGUGGGGAGGACAGCUUCGAUGGGGGUCUGAAGCCCCCACCGCUGCCUCCUCGAAGGAGGGCUCUCUCGGGCAAUUCCUGUAGUUCAGAGGGCUCUGGCAGCCCAAGCUGCUUUUCCAGACUCCAUGACUCGUACGGAAGGGAAGUCCUGGAGCUGAGAAGGGCAUGGCUGGAGGGACAAAAGGAUGGAGGGCUGUGAGGAGCUCCUUGGCAGCGGGGGGCACCUUGGGAGAGGCCAAUAAAUGGAGACCUUGGCUGCUGUAGAUAACACCCAGCUCCCGGAAACUCUGCGCUCUGCCUGCCGUUGCGCCAGCUGAAAUUUUCCCAUUGCCUUUAAAACAUGGGCCAGUUGCUUUUCCGCUCCUGUUCCCGCUCUCCGUGCAGUUCCUGGAAAAGACUUGCCACCCUUUUGCAACUAGAAACUUGUUAAUGAUAAAAAGGGAUCUGACUUUAAUACCAGCUGUCACCACCACCCAGGCCAGACUCGAACCACCGUCAGAGGUGUUGACAUUUCUUACCGUGGUCCUCCUCUCCUUCCUGGCAGGGGCUUCUGCCGUUGAGACGGAUGUCUGCUGUUACCAAACACUGGGCUGGGCACAAUUUGGGGCAAUGGGAGAGCAUUCUGACCAGGUUAAGCAGUGGGAUCUGAUGGUUUGGGCCAGCUCUCCACCAAAGGGAAGGUAGAGACAUCUACACGGACCAUCCCAGUUCUGACAUCAUGGCGGGGCUGGUUUGGAAAAGGUCGCCAUCGUUUUACUUGCUGUCUCCUGGGAUUCUUCCAUCUUGCAUCAAGCACUGUCAGGUGUUGGGGGUUCCUGGCUUGUCGUUGGUUAAAGUAGAGGCACCUGAGCAUACAGGUGUGAGAGAGGAGGAAGGGCCAUCCCACAGAGGCACUCAGGGACCCUUCAUUCUGCAUGCUCCUCUUAACUCAGUUUCACCUUUGAAUGGCACUGGUUUAGGUGGGGUUAAGACUACGGUUACACUACAAUUCUAAAUGGGUUUAAUACUCAACCUCCCCCCUCCCAAAUAUGACCUUGGGGAAACGUCCACUAAGAGUCUGAAAUAAAGGGCAGCUGUCAAAUUUUUUUCCUGGUGCUCUGACAAUCGAAACCCAAGAUGCAUGGUUAAUGAUUCAGACACGGCUGCAAUAUGCAAGGAGCAGGCUGUGUUUAUUUGCGGAAGAAAAAAGUCAUCCUGCCAUAGAAAAAUACUGGGCUGCAUCCAUUGCUAGUCCUGCUCAGGGGAGACAUUUUGGAAUGGAUGGUCAUGACUUAACUUAGGGCCAUUCAUUUCAAGGGGUCUACCUUGAGUAGCACUUAGGCUGCAUUCACCCAGCAGUUAGUUCCAAUUUUCCUAAUAUUUCCAUUACUGUUAAUUUCUGUAUCAUAUUCCAGCUUUUGCAUGAAAUAUAGUGGAAUAUGGAGCCAGUUUAGUGCUCAUCUCUCUGCUAUCUGUGAUACAGAAAAAAUCAUUUGCUUGCAGGAAAAAAUCCUUCUGCAGGUAACAUGGAAAUGUGUGCUAUAUUUGUUCCAUAUUAUGCUAUGAUUCCGGAAGUAGCUUUUACGUUGAGUGAAAGCUCAAAUGUAAUGGCAGAACCUAGCAGUUAAGGAAAUGUCGUGGAAAUUGAAUAAACAGCAGUGUGGACGGAUGCAGCCUUUGUUGGCUCCAACCUGUUGUCUGCACUGCUUCUGUUAACUUA